AAUCACAAACCCGCGAGUCCGAUGGAUCCCAUUCGAAGGCUGCGUUGGGGAUAUUGCCCGUUUUCCCAUCAGAUUGCCCCUCACCUUUUCUCCCACCGAAUUGCGAUCCCUUGUGCUCGCCCUCGGUCGCCUGUAACCCUAGUUCGUCUGCGAUGGAUCUGGCGGUGGAGGGGCGGCAUGCGCUGCUGUUCGACGACGAUGCAACGGCGGCGUUCGUGAACUCGCGGGACGCUCUCGUCCCCUUCGCGGCCGACGCCUCCCUCCUCAUCGACCGCUACGACGUCCGCCACCUCCUCGAUCGAAUCCCUCCUCGCCCUCCCCACAGGAGGCAUCUCCCUCACGAAGAACCUGGCGGCGGCGUAUCCCUCUCCGACCUCGAUCACGAGCGAUACCUCGAUCUCCCUCCUCCUGGCGACGGCGUCGACGACGGCGAUGGCGACGGCCAGGGAGGAGACUCUUCUCUCCCUUUAGGUCCGUUUCUUCUCUCGAUUCACUCAACCAACUACUCUAUUCUUUGCUUGUAUUUUUGGUUCUUUAUAUAUCUGCUGAUCUGGUUAUUUCUUAUGAAUCGUACUUGCGAAUGUCUGAUUUAGAACGAUUAAUGAGGGGGAAUCUGGGAACAUCAUUUAUUCAUGGGAAAAAAAAAAGAAACUAUUUUUAUGCUUGCGUGUUUCGUUCUAUUGAUUCUUCAAACCUUAUUCCUAUCCCUUCAUCACAUCCACCACAUGGUCCACCACAGUGCAAUUGCUUAGUGGCACCGCUUCGAGGUGAAUUAGUGUUUUUAACUACAAAAUAGAGUAAGCAAGGCGAGAUAAGGUGGUGUGACAGUGAUCAGAUUGAUGGGGUUCAGCAGUCUACCUUUUGGACAUGUUGUGUAUUAGGAAAAUAGGAAGGUUUCACUUGAAUUUACGAAUGUCUUUAAUGGGAAUUGGUAGAUAAGAUCCUUCUUUUAUGGAAGCAUUGCCGCAAUUUUACACUUCUUCAAGGCCACUCACCCGUCACACUGCCCAAGAAGGAAAAGAAAAGAAUAUGGAGGGGAAGCAAGCAGAAAAAGAGAAGUGUAAUCUUACGCAUUGAUUUUAUAACAUAUAUUUACUGUCAAAUGCUUGAAUUUUAGCUUUUUUAGUAUGGGUUAGUGCAGACUAAGUAUGACCUAAUAUUGGACCUACCCUCAGCCUGAAAUAACUAUGGAUUUUAAUUUGCGGUUGGCCAUGGCCUGAAAGCUAACAUCAAUGUAACGCUAGCUAGACCAGCUGGAAACAUUUAACAACCUGUUUUGAGGAUACUAGGGGCAUUUUCUCUGGGAGAUGGUGCAUAUCUAAUCUACUCUUCAUUUGUUUCGGUUGUCUGUUUUUCCUCUUUCCCUGUUUGACAGAAAAAAGGGAGAGGGGAAAAAAGCACUCUUGCGAAGUAACUUGGUACUGGGAUGGACAAUAAUCCUCACUUUUUUGUUAAUAUUUUCCUCUUAAGACUCAUUUUGACACAUCGCUGUUGGUAUACACUACCCAACAGAGGUGUCUUAACUGCUCUUUUCUUUCUUUUUUUUUUCUUUUUUUGGUGGGGGGGAGGGGGCGUGCCCACACACUGGUGAUAUCUGUUUCUGCUGAUGGGUAAGUUUUUGUCAGUGGGAAGUGGUAUCAAGAGACCACCUAUAUUUCUGACUUCCUGUCUGUCAUGAUCCGUCAGGGGCAUGAUGCAUUAGUAGCUCGCCCAAUAGUUAUAAACACUGCUUCUUUUACUGGACUGUAUAGUAUGCAGAAGUGGUUGCACACUAAUGUGUAUGAGAUUAUAUUGGAUUUGAAUUUUUAAGUUUGCAGGAAGGAUGCUUAGUUUUCUUCAUGAGCAUUACUCACAAAUUCAAGUAAGAAAAUUCCACAUCCUCUUCUUUCUAUUUUUUGCCAGUUGCUUGGUACAUGCUUGUACAUCCAAACUCUUUAUAUGGUUUUAGAUACUGUAUCCUUCAUUGAUUUUUGUUUUCUUCUUGAAUGCAGGUACAAGGAAUGGUCCUGAAGCAACAGUUUCUGGUGCUUAUCAGGCUGUUCCUUUCUCAUAUGUUGACACUGAUAGUUCAGCUGAUCCAAGGAACUUUGGUUCUGGGCCGAAUCAAUCUGGUUAUCAUCCACCAUUUCCAGUUCCUGAAAGCUUACUGAGCAACUUAUUGACACAGCAAUAAUUGUCCAAGGUGCAUAUGUUCUUCUAAGGCUUACGUGUAUGAGUUUCAGAUGCUUGGAGCAGAGAUGAAGUUCUUACUAAGGUUGCCAUUCAUGGGAACCAUGUUUCCUUGUGAUGUGUCAUGACGUAAGAAAUAGGCAGCCUCCUACAGAGAAGUUGCAUCAGAUAAUUGCCAGAACUGCUAUAUUUGUUAGUGAGCAUGGAGGACAGUCAGAGAUUGUUUUAAGGGUGAAGCAAGGAGACAACCCAACUUUUGGGUUCUUGAUGCCUGACCAUCAUCUUCAUGCUUACUUUCGCUUCCUUGUUGAUCAUCCUCAAUUUCUGAGAACUGAUCUAGAUUCCAGUAGAAUGCAAGAAGAGAAAAAAACAGAGAAUCAAGAGGAUGAGGCAUGUGUUGCGGCAGGUGGAGCAUUAUCAUUGCUUGGAUCUAUUUAUGGCUCUGGAGAGGAGGAGGAUGGUGCUGUUCAAGCUGACUCUAAGGGCAUGGAAUCUUGCACCUCUGAAGUUGUUGCUAAUGCAACACUUACUCAUAGAUUAGAACAAAGAGAAUCCUCUGCCUCCAAGGCAUCAGAAGAUAAAGAAGCAAUCAAGCGUCCAGCUGCUGCUGCUGCUAAAGAGAAAGUCACCUCAAUCAAAAGGAAUCAGCUUGCAAAUGCUGCCAUUGUUAAUGCUGCAUUGAGCAAGAAAGUAGGAGAUAGCAGUUUAUUGCGUUCUGGUGCUAUGAACAAGCCACAAAAUUCCCAACCAGGCAUUUCUAAUGCCAAACCAGUGAUUUUGGAGCCUCCAACUUUCUUGAAAAGGAUGAUGGAAAAAAUAGUGGAGUUCAUUCUUAGAAAUGGAAAAGAAUUUGAAGCAGUUCUUAUUGAGCAAGAUAAAACAAAUGGAAGAUUUCCCUUUCUUCUGCCAUCCAACCAAUAUCACUCGUAUUAUCUCAAACUUCUACAAGAAGCUCGCGAGUCCAAGCUUCUAAGUAGGAACUCUGAUCAGAAAAAUGAUGCGCAGGGACCCGGUGGGUUUAAGAAAAAAGUGCAAGAAGCAGCUACUAAAGAAUCCGCCGAUUAUGACCAGAACUCAGCAGAGCCAUCUGAGGGGUGGUUGUACAACAUGCAGAGGAAGGAGAAGUUCAAGAUGGUAAUUGGUGGUCCAAAGAAGGAUUCACAAGAACCGUGUUCUGUGCCGGCAAGACAGUCUGGAGUGAGCACUGAUGAAGCUGCUGCUAUUGUCCUGGCAGCCACAAGAGGUGUGAGCCCUUCCAAUGCUCGUCAAAAUAUUUCAAUUGAUGAAUCUGGUCUAGGCCCCACACGUGGGAAUGGUGGACGUGCCUCCAGUAUGGGAAGCUUGUCCUCUUUUAAAGGUCAGAGUCUGAACUCUAAGCCUCCUUCCAACAAUGAAGGAGGUGUUUCUUUGCCCGCAUCCAGUGGGGAGAUGAAAAGAGAAGGUUCUGGAACGAUUGAUGAUGUAUGGAUUGCAGAGGCUAUUGCAAAAACUGCAGCGCUUGUAGCCUCUAGUGAAGCUGACUCCUCUGAAGCUUCCCUAACCAAGGAACAAAAGCUGAAGGCUGAGAGGCUGAAACGUGCCAAAAUGUUUGCAGCUAUGAUAAAGAGUGGCAGUCACCGCAUUGAAGAAUCGGUUACCUCAGCUACCGCACCAAGUGGGCCUAUAGAGGCUUCAGCUGCUGGGUCAACCCUCUCUGGUGCAGAUUCAGAUCUUGUGACCAAGGAACGAGAAGGUAGCUCAGUGCCUUUUGAUGCCGAGGCCUUAGAAAGGGUAACGUCUCGAGAGAAAGGUUCUAAUUAUGAUCAUGAGAGGGAGAACAGGUCUGGGAAGAAUCACCACUUGAGAUCUAAGGACCGUGAUCAUGAAGAAGACUUGGAUGAAAACCAUAAGCAUUCCAGGAAGAAGCAUCGAUCUGAACAUUCUUCAGGUCACAGCAAGGAUGAACGCAAACAUAGGAAGGGUCAUUCUUCUUCCAAGGACAAGGAAUCUAGACAUCAUCAAAAGCAUGAUAGUUCUUCAGAAGAUGAGCACAGACACAGAAAACAUUCCAGGUCACGACAUCAUCGCAAGGAUCAUGACAUCUCUGAUGAUGAGGAUCAAGAGAGGAAAAGAUCUGGCAGGCACCACAAAAGAAAACACAACUCUCACUCUGAGAGGAAAGAAACUGAGGGUGAGGAUGAUCUAGCUACUGUAGGUCAUUCAGAAAGGACUGUAAGAUCAUUAAACCGUGAUAAAGAAGCAGGAAAGCCCGCAAUUUCUGACGCUCAACCCUCUGAUGCCACCACAGAAAUUCCUAACGAGCUACGGGCCAAAAUUCGAGCGAUGUUACUAGAAACAUUGUAGCUGGGUUCAUGCUUCAAAAAUAAUUGUUUGGUCCUCUCUCUUGUUCGGUUAUGGCUUUGCUGUGUAUCGGAAUGUGCUCCAUAAACCGAGUCCCAGAACUUCAACAUCUUUCCAUCUUUUUCUUGCUUAUGCCUGUGAAUUUUUGGUGUUGGAAGUAUCUUUUACGUUUUCUCAGAAAUCCAAAAUUAGUGUAAGA